AUCUCUCCGCGCCGCCGCCGGAAGUUUGGCCCAGGUGAUGGCGGCGCGGAGCCGAGAGGGAGGAUGCUGGCGGGUCCCCGGGAGUGAGCGAUGACCCGCCUCCUGGUCGCGGUGCAGAGAGUCGCUUUGGCAGCCGUGCGCUGCAGCAGCGGCAGGCCGGGCAUGUUCUACGCCGUGAGGCGGGGCCGCAGGGCCGGGGUCUUCCUGACCUGGGACGAGUGCAGAGAGCAGGUGGACCGGUUCCCUGCCGCCAGGUUCAAGAAGUUUGCCACGGAAAAGGAAGCCUGGGCCUUCGUCAGGAACUCGGGGAGCCCCCAAGAUUCACAAGGCCGGAAAGAGGAACGUGCGCAGGAGCCACAGGCGAAAGCCAGCAAGCGGCCCCGGGAGGCCCCAGCCGCCAGCGAGGAGGAGGAGGAGGAGGAGCCUUGCGCGAAGCAGGGGAAGCCGGCCCCGGAGGCGACGGCUCCUGUCGGCAGGGACUCCUUCUCCUACGUGGGAGAACAUGUCGUCGUCUACACGGACGGCUGCUGCUCUAGAAACGGGCGGAGGCGGGCACGCGCGGGGAUCGGCGUGUACUGGGGGCCCGGCCACCCGCUAAACGUAGGCGUUAGACUUCCUGGGCGGCAGACCAACCAGCGUGCAGAAAUCCACGCGGCCUGCAGGGCCAUCGAGCAGGCGAGGGCGCAGAGCAUCGACAAGCUGGUCCUGCACACGGACAGCAUGUUCACCAUCAACGGCAUCACCAGCUGGCUGCCGGGCUGGAAGGAGAACGGGUGGAGGACGAGCGCCGGGAAGGAGGUGAUCAACAGGGAGGACUUCGUGGAGCUGGACCGGCUCGUCCAGGGCAUGGACAUCCGGUGGGUGCACGUCCCCGGUCACUCGGGCUUGGUGGGCAACGAGGAAGCCGACAGACUGGCCAGGGAAGGAGCUAAGCAGCCUGAAGUCUGAGCGGAGCCCCGGCUGUGGGCGGCGGGCCCUCCCGCACCGACUCAGGAUGGCGGCUGGGACCCGGGACUCUGCGCGGAGAAGCUGCUCCAGUGUGUGAUGGACGGAUCCCGUGUUCUUGGAGAUCUGAGACGCGUUUGGGGUUUCAGCGUUACGCUGCUCUGGGCUGGAUGCGGUUCUCAUUUGUCCCAUUGCAGCUCUCGGACUCCACGUGGUGGGGGUGCAGUAAUAAAACGCUGGCUGACUCCACGUGAUGAGGGUGCAGACCAA